AUGGACCUGCGUAAACAACUGGAGAAUACUGAGGUGAACUGGAAUAAAGAGAAGAUGGAAUUGCUGGAGAGAUUUGACAAUGAAAGGAAAGAAUGGGAAUGUCAAUGGAAGGUCAUGCAGAAGAAAAUAGAAGAGCUUUACCAGGAGGUAAAACUUAGAAGGGAGACCAAUAUGAACAUCCAUGAUAGUAAGGUCUUUCAGAACAAGAUGCUGCAGCUGUCCAUGCAUUCCCGUACUUCAGAAGAGAGGAACGCAGUAAAACUGAACUGUCAACACAAUGUGGCAAAUGAUAGGAUGGAAAAAGGGAGUUUGCUCAAUAAAACAGGACAUGAAUGUAGCGAAACGAGAGCCAAGAGCAGAAACAAUACUAUGUUAAUGGACAAUCUGGCCUUUGAGAACCAUGAGGAACCUGAAGACAGCUUCAGCAUCAACACUUCCAAGAAAAACACCAAGAAUUAUAUUGGAGAUCUCAAUGUAGCUCUUAAAGAACUUGCCAGAGUCAGUGAAGAACUAUGCAGCUAUCAGGAGGAAAUUCGAAAGAAGUCCAACCACAGAAGAAUGAAGUCACUUCCUUUCCUGGGGGAAUUUGAAGAAACAAAAAACACAGUUAUUCUGCCUGAGAUGAACCACAUGCCCAGCAAUGAAGCACAGACUUCAGUUGCUUUUGAAACAGAGGAACACAAUAAUAGGAAGAAUCUGAUGAGUUCCACCAAGGAUUUGAAGGACACAUCUUAUGGUAGCCUUACUGGUGGCAGAGGAACAGACUUCAGACUUUGGCAAAAGAAAGAAGCUCCACCAGUUCCUCCCCGGAGCACUUCUCGGCACCUAACAAACUCACUUUCUGCAGUUGUGCAGCUUUCUGAAGCACCAGUAAGGGAUCCAGGCAUCCAAAGUAGAAGUGGAAAUACACUGAUAAAUCCUUCAUCUAUAAACCAGAAGGAAACUGCAAUGGCCUGUGCAAAUGGAGGGCAGCCUGUGAAAGCUCCUGUGAUGGUAACUGCUGCAAUACCUGUGACUAAAAAUGAGUGCAAUGUACAAACAAGCUUCUGCCACAACACAUGGGCGUUUGAUAUGAGCAAACUUGGAAAAGACAAGAGUGAGCCUUUCCCGCUGUCAGCCCAGAAGAGUUGUUCAGAUGGAAACAUGGCCCAAAGUAACAAGAUGCACCAGAAACAAAAUCCCAAGUCUCACAGCAGCCCUUAUUACAGUAACGACUUUUAUGCCCCAACUGCCCUGCAGAGUGACCUUUUGGAAGAUUUUAGGUAUUCUUUGGGAAAGACCCAAAAAAAUGAAACUUUAGCAGCAAAGAUUGAUGAGUUUAACAGGACUGUGUUUCACACAGAUAAACAUAACAAUGCUUUGCAGGAAAACCAGGUGCCUAGAACAGCAACAGAAGAUCCCAAACCAUGCAGCUCACUGUGUGACUCUGCUGUUAACAGGCCAGAAACUGUAAAUACACCUUGUGUUUCACAUCCCAAAUUCUCUGCAGUGAAGGAACAAGAAACCAGCAACCCCAGCAAAGCUGCCAGGAUGGCAGGGCAACAAAAGCAAACAAAUGGACUUCCAAAUACUAGUGGUUAUAGGCACAUGCUUCACGAGCAUGACUGGAGACCAAGUAAUUUAUCCGGUCGCCCGCGUUCAGCUGACUCAAGGUCGAACUAUGGUGUUGUUGAAAAGCUUUUGAAAAACUAUGAACAAUCAACAGUGACUUCUCCAUGUAAUGCAAAAUGCUGCAAAGAUAAGUGGACACAGGCAAAUUCUAAAUUCACCGAUGGGAGUUGUGAGACAUUGAGUCAGUAUUUAGAAAUGCUCCAGAUUGAGCAAGGAAAGCAAGAAUUUCCAAGGAAUUCAGCCAGGCAUAUUGGGCAGCAACUCAAGCAAGGAAAAGAGAGACAGAAGUUACCAGAGAUAUCUGUGCCAGCUAAAUGUUCAAGUGGGAAGGGUUUCUCCCGGCCUGCACGGCCAGCAAAUCGACGCUUACCUUCGAGAUGGGCAUCCAGAUCACCAUCAGCACCGCCCACUGUGAGAAGAACCGCGUACAACUGCUCUGUCUCUUUUCGGUCAGAGACCUCAGUAGUCUGAACCCAGAGCUGGGUUGGAUGGUGUUGUGAAAGCUCUACACCUCAUCAUAACUGUGUUCGGUAUGUGUUCUAGCGACCAGUUCUACACAGUUGUAUCUUGACCAAGAGUGACCCCCAUCACAUGCCGGACAAAGCAUUUUGAAUCUUAGGUCAUCAUCACCAUGGUCUUCAGUGUUUUUAUUGAGACAAAGUAACUAUACCCCGGGUUUUCUCUGUUUGUUUGUUUUUUCUUUUAUAAUAGCUCACAAGGGAUUUCUUUUGAAUGGCAUCGUCCUUAGUUUGCCAAUCAGUUUUGAGUUGAAACAAUGUACAGUGCUGUAUAUUCUGACUCUUCUGCAAGCAGCAGGACGUAAAGCUGUAUGCAUGAUCAUGUGUUUGUAGGUGCAUGUGUUGGACUAGAAAGUAUACAGGUCUGUAUUUAGAAGAGGCAAACUGUGCUAGUGUUGACAUUGAAAUUACAGCCUAUAUGCCUACAUA